ACGUCAUUGCCGCGCGCCUCCUCGUUGACAGCAGACAGAGGAACGCUAGCUGACCUUCCACUGCGCCUCGGCGCUCCUCGACGAGAAGACCUUCAAAGUUUACUCAACGUCUUGUGUUUCUCCCUCUCUCUCUGUGUGUGCUUUAUUACACACUUAUGCAGCCAUGCCCUCGACGAGGGAGGUUCCCACUUUGCAGGAGCUGAAUGUGGACGAGAUCAAUGUUUCCUCGGCGGUGCUGAAAGCCGCCGCUCACCACUUGGGCUCCCAGUGCGACAAGCCCAACAAGGAGUUCAUGCUGUGUCGCUGGGAGGAGAAGGACCCCCGCAAGUGUCUGGAAGAAGGGAGGAAAGUCAACGAGUGCGCGCUCAACUUUUUCAGGCAAAUCAAGGGAAACUGUGCCGAGCCGUUCACCGAGUACUGGACCUGUCUGGACUAUUCUAAUUUAGCGGAGCUGCGUCAUUGCCGCAAGCAGCAGCACGCCUUCGACAGCUGCGUUCUGGAUAAGCUGGGCUGGGAGCGACCCGGGCUGGGAGACCUGUCAAAGGUGACAAAGGUGGCGACCUCGCGGCCCCUGCCCGAGAACCCCUACCACUCCCGGCCACGCCCCGAGCCCAACCCCACCAUCGAGGGGAAGUUGGAGCCCUCCAAGUACGGCAGCAAGUUGUUCUUUUGGCCCUGGUGAGGAUGGAAACACGCUGCUUCUGUGCUCACCUUUGCUCCUCAACGUUGUUUUGCGUUCUUCUCUCAGCUUGUAAAUGUCACACGUGAACAUCGUCUAGUAAUAAAAUAACAUUUAGAAACACAACCUUU